AUGAACACUUUUCCAGUGAACAGGCAAAUGCGCCGCGGAGGGGGCCCCAUUCACCAUGGAGCCCCUAUACCAACUUCAUUAGGUAUCGCAUUCCCAGCCUGUGUUACUGAAGCCCUCAUUCAGGUUUCUAAGCACGUCCGAUUGUCGAGUCAUGGUCGAAGCCGUCCUGUUCUGACAAAGAAUAAUGAUCUACAACUGCUUAUCGACAAUGAAAUAUUCUGUCUCACUGCGGACAGGAAGGGUUCGCGGCUCUCACAACUUCAAGAGUUCACACUCAUCAAUCAUCUGGCUCACUUUUUCGCGGAGCGAGAUGAGAUGAAUAAAUAUGCCUACUUCGAAGUGCUCUUCCUGGGAAGAGAAGGAGAGUCCCAUGUUCACGAACACAGACUUCGUGUUCUGUACCGAUUAGCGUCGUAUGCUUUACAGUUUCCUGUCCUUCAACUCUAUGCUCAGAUUUCUCUCUGGCUGUCAAAAGUCGGUAACAGCAAGCCAUACGCUGAAGAACUAGUUGCGGUUCUUGCAGAACACUACCUCAAACCAAGUGACUCAAAAAUCUAUGAAUUUCUUCUGCCUUUGGAGACGUCCUGCCCAGAGUUCACCGUAUUUUUUGUUGUUUAUGCCACGCGAGUAUUACCGAUAAAUCGACCAAUGGCAGCUGUUUUCGCCAGCUACAUUAAUAGAAACCCAGGAUACUUCCUGAAAGGAUUCAGAGAUUCGCCUCAUCUCGCUGACAUUUUCCGAUCAGAGGUUUUUGAAAAAAUGCUUGCUUAUUUGCUUGACAUAGAAGUUGAGCCAUCAGAGGAUCGAGAUGCUAUGAACUUCCAUACUGCAGUAAUGGUAUUGCUGGACAGGUGGAAUUCCACUAUAAGGAAGCCUCUUGACAUCAGCAUGCUUUUUGAUCCGAAAGUGCGAUGGUCUCGUUUCCGAUGUGAUGCCCUCUGUAUUAUCGGUUCUAAAAGUUUGGCAGCUUGCAAAAUGGUUAUCAAUGUGCGUCGUUUCUUUCCGAAAACGUAUAACAGUUAUAGAUAA